UUUACGUUUAAUUAUUAUAAUUUUUAUAAAUUUAAGUGUUAAAUAUGUUAUAAUUCUAAUUUAAAUGUUUAAUAAAUUAAUAGCAACUAAUACAAAAUAUUCAGCCAUUUAUUUUAUAUAAUUUUAGGUUAUUCAUAAAUACUUAUAUAUUGGUUGUCUUUAUUGUUAAUUGAAACUAAUGGACAAUUAUUUUUUCAGAUGCCUCGAAGAGCAGUAUCAUCUAGAGGUAGAGGACAUAGCCAGCAACUCUCUACGAAUGAAACAGAUGAGCCAGUACAGAUGCAAGAGGAAACACUGGAGCACACUCCAGCAGCAUUAGGGGGACAAGCAAACACUUCAUCAUCAUCAUUAGUUCGAACUAGAGGUCCGAACUUGGGACAUCCUAUUCCAUCAAACCCGUCUGAUCGGCAAUUGAUCAGAUUGAAAGGAAAUGUCUUUUUAGAUUCCACAGUUACUAGAUCAAUCAGUAAUGACAUUAAGAUGCGCUACACUGCUCCAUGGAAAACUUGGUCAGAAAUACCUUUAAAGACAAAAGACGAGCUCUUCGGACUUUUUCGGAGUCGAUAUGUAUGGGAUGAGAGUGAAGAAGAUAUGAUUCGAACUGCUUGGGAAAAGGUAGGAAAAGAAAGAUUGCGAGACAUUCUUAAUAGAGUUAGGAGUGAAUUGUUGCGUAAGCACAAGAAGACAGAUGUUGCUUAUCUAUACAAUUUAGGACCAGAUUGGAUGGAGGCAGAGAUAUGGAAUGCACUUGUUGCAUAUUGGAGUACACCAGAGUGGAGAAAGAAAUCAGAAGCUGGUAAAGCAAAUAGAAACGUAGAAAAAGAUGGGACUAUUACGAAACACUCUUGUGGUUCAAUAAAACUGGAGGUUCAUGAGAAUAGAUUGGCAAAGAAGUUAGGUAGGCAACCAACUCAACUUGAACUAUUUCGUGCCACUCACACAAAAAAGGGGAGUCAAGGUGUUUUCAUUGAUGGAAAAUCACAACGAGUUGAUGGAGCUUAUUUGACUGCCAUUGCUGAAAAUGUGAAUGACAAUUGUGCUUUUGAUUUGAAUAAGUGGAUGGAAAUUUCUGGAAGUAGUAAAGGGAGGGUUUAUGGUUUUGGAUCUUCUGAUAUUGCAAAAUCUGGAACUCCAACUACCUCUUUCUCAUGCACAUCAGCUUAUCCUGGAGGACCUUCUCAAACUAUGUUUUCUUUAGAGGAGGGAAUAUGUAAAUAA